UUCGAGUCUGACUUUUUGCCAGUUUUAGAGCUUCAGGUCUUUCCUUUAGCAGAUAAGUUAGGAUCGCGCGGGAGGAUGGGUUCCAAUGCAGGAGGCUUCGACUUUGAUCUAUGCAAGCGAAAUGCUAUGCUACAGAACAAAGGCAUGACCCUUCCCAAGGCGUGGAAGACGGGUACAACUAUCGCUGGGCUAAUUUUCAAGGACGGUGUUGUCCUGGGAGCCGAUACUCGUUCAACUUCGGGGAGCACGGUUGCGGAUAAAAACUGCAGUAAGAUCCACUUCAUAACCCCCAACAUUUACGCUUGUGGCGCUGGUACAGCAGCGGACUUGGAGCAUGUAACGGACAUGGUGUCGGGGCAAAUCGCCCUCCAUCGAUACGCGACUGGCCGGCAAGCACGUGUCAUCACAGCGAUGACGAUGUUCAAGCAGCACCUCUUUAAGUACCAGGGCCACGUUGGGGCUGCAUUGGUGCUUGGGGGCGUUGACCUCAACGGGCCGCACCUCUUCACGAUCUACCCGCACGGCUCCACCGACUCGCUGCCCUUCGCCACCAUGGGUUCCGGGUCAGUGAACGCCAUGGCCAUGUUUGAGGCGUAUUACAAGGACGAUAUGGACCGGGGUGAGGCGAUGGCGCUUGUGGCGCGCGCGAUCAGGUCAGGUGUGAUGAAUGACCUGGGCUCGGGUUCCAAUGUGGACCUGUGCGUCAUCACCAAGGAGGGAGUGGACUACUUGCGGAAUUACGAGUACCUGCAGGCUAAGACCUACACGCGGCAGUUCCCGGUCAAAUACCCGCCAGGCACCGCCACCGUUGUGAAGCAACGGGUGAUGUCGCUCAAGGGCGUGGAGGUGAUACAGGGCGCGCCUGAGGAGAUGGAUGUGUCCUAGGAGGGCAUGGGUGCCAUGCCGCAUGAGCUUGUUGUGGUCGGCGGCAUUAUAAUGGUGGUGAUAUGAAACUUGAGGGUUGAGAGGGGCAGAGCGCGGUAAUCAGCAGGGGGAAAGGGGCUCUAGUUACCGAGCAGUAAGCACACAUCCUGUUCCGUCACGGGAGUGUUUUUAGAUGUGUAGUCGCCAGAGUAACUCGUGAAGCUGUCGAGUCAACCCCGUUCCUGUUGUGGACGCAUAAGCGUGCGUUUGAAUUAACUGUCCUGAUUGAGGAAUGUUUUGGCGUUGUGAUGGAAACGCUGUCCACAGCUGAGGAGAGGCUGACGGUUAGGCUACACUCGCUUAUACAGUGCCUUGAUUGGGUGAAUUUUUGUGGUUUUCUGGAAGGAAAUGCAAUCGGCAGCGGUGUAUACACCAUGUCACAUCUUUUACGCCAGCUGCGACAGAAUGGUUAAAAACCUGCAGUGUAGAUAACGACAGGUAUCAAGCGGUUAUUUUGCACCCCUACCUUUGCAACUUCUAACUGGGCAAGCACCUCGUCCAUUACUGUCCUUUGCCCGCAUCUGACCAUCUCUCCUAACACGUUUGCCAUGAUUUACGCCAGGAAGCAGAAGUGUCUCAGCAACAACGCGACCUGCCGUGCACGUCCCAUGUCCAGGCAAACAGUUAAGAAAGACCUGUUGUGAACAAGAGAUGUUGAGCAUCAGACGCUAGACAGUCGUCCCUCGCCGUAAACCACAAGACCAGGCAAAGUCGGAGGCAAAACGUGGCUCGUAGCAUAUUAGCUAGUACUGCCAAGGAAGCGGCUUUAACGGUUCGGUUGAGUUGGGGACUGCCGCGCACGCCGACUCUCCGACCGUGACAUGCAGUGCAACGAACUGCCCCAGGCGCAGGCUAUCGCCGUAGCUAUCUCUCAUCUUCCUUC